AUGUGGCAGGCUUCAGUCCAGUCAGCAGACGACGUGCGAUCAGCAGAUGUCGCCCAAGAGCAUUCCGGGAGUCCAAAAGCAUUUUACUCCAUUCUGACUGCUGACUCUGGCAACGGAGAGGCGGCGUCGCAGACAAGCAGUGUAAUACCUUCGCAUGCAGAUGCGGCGCAGGAAGAGGAGCUUUGGCUUGAAGGUGCAGAGGCGCUGCUGGUUUCGCACAGCAUGGACAGUACUGACGAUGACGAGGAUUGGAUUGCUUCGAGCAGCGAGCUUUCCACAAAGGACUGCCAGAAGACCAGUGAUGCAAGUAUCCUGCAAGAAUAUGAGAGAAGCUGGAGCCUGACCCAGUCGCCGCCUGAGUCUGCAAGCCUGUGCUGCUUAGUCGCAGGAGCAUGCAAGAUCACAUGA